GAAGCGGCGGCGCUGCAGCUGCGGGGCGUGGGGGCGGCGGCUUCGGAGGCCGAGGCGGUGGUGGUGGCCCUGGCGGAGACACCGGCACCUCGACUCGGGAAAGCGCUCGGCCGGGACCCCACAGAAGGCCCUAUGGAGGUGGCUGCGGGUGGAGGCUGCGGCGCGGCCCCGCCGUUGCUGCUGAGCGAUAGCGAGCAGCAGUGCUACUCUGAGCUCUUUGCGCGCUGUGCAGGCGCUGCAAGCGGGGGCCCGGGACCUGGACCUCCCGAGGCUACCAGGGUCGCCCGCACUGCCACUGCGGCCGCCGGUCCAGUGGCCGAUCUGUUCCGAGCGUCGCAGCUGCCACCGGAGACGUUGCACCAGAUCACAGAACUGUGUGGUGCAAAGCGGGUUGGUUAUUUUGGUCCAACACAGUUUUACAUUGCCCUGAAAUUGAUUGCUGCAGCACAGUCCGGCCUCCCUGUUCGGACAGAGAGUAUUAAAUGUGAACUGCCUCUGCCUCGCUUUGUGCCGUCAAAGAGUGAUGGUGAGGUACGCUUUGGGAACCCAGCUGAGCUGCCCGGGAAGAAGGUUCAGAUUCCAUAUUUAAGCACCGAGAAAAAGCCCCUCAGAAGAAUGGACGACGAGGAUAAACAGCAGGAAACACAGUCUCCCACGAUGUCACCCCUCGCCUCCCCUCCUUCUUCCCCGCCUCAUUACCAGAGGGUGUCCUUGAGCCAUGGCUACAGCAAAGUGCGGAGCGGCCCAGAACAGAUGCAUUCAGGUCCUUAUGAAACUAGGCAGCCCAUUGGCCAGCCUGAAGGAUCCUCAUCAGAGGCUCCAGUAUCCAAACCACUUCGUCGGCAGGCAUCUCUUAUUCGGUCCUUUUCAGUGGAGAGAGAGCUGCAGGAUAACAGCAGUAAUUACCCAGAUGAGCCCUGGAGGAUAACAGAAGAACAGCGGGAGUACUAUGUCAAUCAGUUUCGGUCCCUCCAGCCAGACCCGAGUUCCUUCAUUUCAGGGUCUGUGGCCAAGAACUUCUUCACCAAAUCAAAGCUCUCCAUCCCAGAGCUCUCUUAUAUCUGGGAACUCAGUGAUGCUGACUGUGAUGGAGCCCUGACCUUGCCUGAGUUUUGUGCUGCAUUUCAUCUCAUUGUAGCACGGAAGAACGGCUACCCACUGCCAGAGGGCCUGCCUCCUACUCUGCAGCCAGAGUACUUGCAAGCAGCUUUCCCAAAAUCCAAGUGGGAGUGUGCAAUAUUUGAUUCUUAUUCUGAGUCAAUGCCAGCAAACCAACAACCCUGUGACUUGAAUCGGAUGGAGAAGACAUCUGUUAAAGACAUGGCUGACUUUCCUGUUCCUACUCAAGAUGUGACUACUGGUGAUGACAAACAAGCUUUGAAAAGUACUGUUAAUGAACCCUUACCAAAGGACGUGUCUGAGGAUACAGCAACUUCUAAGGACUGCAACAGUCUCAAAGCAAGACCAAGAUCCAGAUCUUACUCUAGCACCUCCAUAGAAGAGACCAUGAAAAGGGGUGAGGACCCUCCCACCCCGCCACCGCGGCCACAGAAAACCCAUUCCAGAGCCUCCUCCUUGGAUCUGAAUAAAGUCUUCCAGCAGCCCAGUGUGCCAGCUACUAACUCAGGAUUGUUACCCCCACCACCGGCACUUCCUCCAAGACCUUGUCCAACACAGUCUGAGCCAGUAGCUGAAGCUGACUUACACCCUCAGCUGAACAGAGCUCCUUCUCAAGCUGCAGAAAGCAGUCCAGCAAAGAAGGAAGGACCACAUGGUCAACCUCCAUCAAAGCCUAUUCGCAGGAAAUUCAGGCCUGAAAAUCAAACUACAGAAAACCAAGAGCCUGCUGCUGCUGCUGCUGCUGCUGUUGCUGCUGCUGCUGUUGGAGGGGCAGCUUCUGCAGCAAUGGUGAAACCCCAUCCAACAGUACAAAAGCAGUCUUCCAGACAGAAGAAGGCAAUCCAGACGGCCAUCCGCAAAAAUAAAGAGGCCAAUGCAGUGCUGGCCCGCUUGAACAGUGAGCUUCAGCAGCAGCUCAAGGAGGUUCAUCAAGAACGGAUUGCAUUGGAAAACCAAUUGGAACAACUUCGUCCAGUCACAGUGUUGUGACAUCCUCAAGUCUUGAGUGACAGUGGAUGACCUUGUCUGCCAAGAUCUUUCUUUUGUUUGAGCCCAACCACUUGUCAUAGAUGUCUGAAUGUCAAAAGCUGUGAGCAGCACAAUAUAUUCUGUAUGAUUUUCUCUUUUGCACUACUCUUGUAUAUUUUACAGUGGUGGUAAAAAUGUCUUCAACUGAUUAUUGUACUUAAAAUCUUAAUUAUCAGCUACUUGGGAGGCUGAAGCAGGAGGGUCACAAGUUCAAGGCCAUCUUGAGAAGCUUAUUGAGACACCGUCUGAAAUAAAAUGUAAAAAGAGAGCCAAGGAUAUAGCUCAGUGGUAGAGUGCUCGUCUGAUAUGCAGAAAACCCCAAGUUUAAUCCUAAGUACCAUUUAAAAACUUUACUAUCAGUGGAAUUUAUCUUCCAUUUUAACCACUUUUAAAUAUUUCUCCUUAUUAAAAUUGGUCUUGUAUCAGAUAACUCAGAGCAUUAUUUAUUUAAGAAUUUAUAAUUUUUACAGAACCUAAUGAUGAAGUUCUAGCAGGAUGCUCAUUUUAUUCUUGUGUGUUUCAUACAGAAGGUUGGUUUCCUGAAUAAUGUGGAUUCCAACUGGAUAGUCUUAGGCAUGACUACAAUAAAAACAAAAGCUGAAAUAUAAUUAAAGCAUCAGAUUUACACUGGCACUGUGCCCUCUACCACUAUAUGCCAAAAAACGCUUCUCUAGUGCCAUUUUGAUAUUAUAUCAGCUAUAAAUAAUACAUGACUAUUGUUUUCUAUUAAAUAUCAGAAUGGGUCUUUACACCUAUGUGAAGUAGUGAUUUUGGCAAUGAACUGUUCAACUUGGCCAAUCUCAGCCACCAACCUAGAUAACUCAAUCCUUUUCAUGUACGUUUUUGGGCAAGUACAAUCUACUUUAAUUUCCUUGCCUAAUCAAAUUAAAUAGUUUCCAGAUCACUACUUUUAUCCUGCAUGAGGAUAACAUCUCUGUAAAUGCAUGAUCUUGGAAACUACCCAUCAAAUAUGAGUAGCUGGAUAUUUACCUAUUUGUUGUUGAACCCAGGUAUCCAGGUUGAGAAGGGAAGGGUAAUGGCUACCAACUCUCCAAUUGUUGUCUUUAUUUUAGCCUGGAUUUCAAAUGCGUUGGGUCUGAAGACAUAAUGAAAGAAUGUAAUCUUCACACUGGCUUUAUGACUAUUUGUUCUCUGUAAAGAGUGCCCUUGGGAAGUAUUGACUUUAUAUACAGUUCAGAGGAUCUCAGCUAACUCUAGUGGAAGUGAAUAAAGCAAGCUCAAAUUGCAGAAAGCCAGUAUCCUGUAGAAAUGUAGUAGUAUAGCCCAGUUGAAAGUAGGAAAUGACUGACUUAUAGGGUCACAGGGUCCCUAGUUCACCAAUCCUCAGCAGGGCAUUCCAAUGUUCACAUUACUUUGAGAGACUUAAGGCAUGACAUACUGUCUCUUGUGCAUUUUGCCAACCUACCCAUUCUUUGCAUAGUGGGAUGUGGUGUGCACAGGGUACUUAUUGAAAUGGUUUUGGAUAGAUUUAUAAUAUGCAAGAUUAGGCUGUUGAUUUCAAUAGAGCUGAGAGCGCUUAGUAAAAAUAGGCGUUUAUUUAAUACUUCCCUGUUCCUUUGGCAAGCUUUAUCAGUAGCUUAAUAACAGAAGAGAAGGGUUCAAACAGAUGAUGUUUUUCCAAAGAAAAACAAAUUGUUGAAUCUCUUCCAUGCAUAUUUAAGGAUUUGAAACUGAUUUAAUUUGGAAAGUCAGGAAACUUGAACUAUUUCUGCAUUUCCUUUUCUCCCUUGGCUGCCUUUUGUUGUUCUUGUAGGGAGGGCUCGGGGUUGAGUUUAAGCCCUCCUAAGAUUAUGAAUGGGUCAGUGCAAAUUUGUAGGUGACUUCUUUUUUCCUUAUGCUGGGAUAUGGGGGCUGUGACAAAUUUUCAACAGUGUUCUGAUUGCAGCUGUUUCACAGCAUGUUUGGUGUUUGGUACAUUUAAUACAGGAAAGACCAACAUAUGCACUUUAUCUCAAAAUCGUCCAGUGCAUAUGCCCUCACUUGCGGUAGCACUUCAAAUCUACCAACCAGACACAGCCUAAGGAACGUUAGUCUAACUGUGUUUAACCACACUGACUUGCUGUUUCCCUGUGAAGUAAAUGACCCAGGGAACUGGGUUGAGAUUGGGAUUUUAUUUAGUUGUCUUUUUUUCCCUUAAAGGAUAAGACUUGCAUUGGACAAUCAAGGCCCUUUGAGUGUCACAGCCUCAUCAAUAUAGUUCUUGUGGAGCUGGGGAUGAAACCUAGGACAUCACGCAUUCUAGGCAAACUCUGGGUCAUACCUCCAGCCCAUCACCAAUAUUUUAAUUUAGGCAUUUCAUUAAACACCUACCAAUAAUACACACACACACACACACACACACACACACACACACACACACAGAAUAUUCUUAGCUGGACCCAAUUUUGAUCAAUUUAUGAGUUGCUUAAAAAUGGAUUUUUGAAAGGAAAUAUUUGUGUUUCUAAGUAUAUAUUAUUAUAUGACUAGUAUUCAUCCUUUAUUUCUGUGUUUUCUUAGAAUGUGUACUUUUAGGGUUACAAUACCUGAUACUGUUUUUUAGAGUCUUUAAUAUGAUAUAGGAAGGCAAGCACACUGAAAUCACCUAUAAAACUGCUCUGGAAUUAAUCGCCAUCUGUUGUAAAAAGAAGCUUCUCUGAUGAGGGAUGAGAGAUGCAGAUUUGCUACUUGGACAGAAUUCUACAGAAUGAAGGCUAACACUGCCUCCAUUCAUAGGGGUUUAAUUGCCUUGUUGCUCAGUUGUCUUACUGCAUGGGGAUCCUCCAGUCCUACAGAUGAAAGCACAGUAGGAACUGAUCUUGGGCUUAUUGGGGUCUUUAGCAUCUCUUGUAAGUGGCAUACAGCAUGUGGCCUCCUUUCUAUCCAUAGACCUAAAGCAAAACUCCAAUGGUAAACAGAAAAAAAAAAUGGAUGUAUAAUGUGAUAACCAAGGCAGAUAUUUGCUCUAGUUGGAAAGAUCUAAGCACUUUAUAAGUAUCAGACAAGUGUUUGGGACUAAUUGAGAAAGGAGUCAGCUUAGCUGGAAGCUGUGCCCAUAUGAAUGUUAGGGCAGGGCCAGUGUUUCUCUCCUAUAGCUAGCAUGGGAAGAUUACAACCCUAAAAACUGGGAGCUCUUUGCCCAGGAAUCCACAAAAAUAGAUAGCUAGUGGUAGAGUUGGGAUGCUAGCCUGAUUUUAUAGAUUCCAACUUAGUCCUCUGUCAAUCCUAAAAAUAGAUUAGAAAGCCUUUUCUGUUUAUAUUGAAAUAUAUUGACUUAAUUGGUCUUUAAAUAUGAAAACAUCUUCUAAGGAGUUUUAGGUCUAGACAUUUCUCUCAAAUUUAAGUAAAAAAUAAAAUUUGAGGGAAAAUGAUAUCAUUAAACUGUUCUAAUGCCUCACCUUUGAUGAUGCAGUACAUUACUUUAAAUCUUGGCAGAACUUUGGACAGCUAUUGCUUUGAAUAGAUUCCAGUCCCAUAUUCCUGUGGGCACUUGCUUUCUCAAAUAGACUACUGUGAUAAAAAUGAACUCAAUAUGUAGUAGCUUAUAGUUUUCUCCAGUAUAUCUUUGGUCACUUGGGUCACAAAUGGUCCAUUUUAGCACAUCUUAGGGAUAGAUAAGUAAUCUAAACACAUGAACUUUUCUUUUGACUUCCUACCAAUGUCUGAACUAUUGUAAAAUAUUUUUUCUUUAACUGUGGUUGACUGUAUAGGAUUUCUAAACAUUUGUCUGUGUCCUAAAUGGUCUCAUAACCAUGGACAUAAUAGAUAUAUAUAAUUAGAAUAUCACUUAGACAAUAUCUGGAAUUGAUGUGAUUCUUGCAAUCAAAAAAGACAUUUGCAAAUGUCUUUUUCUAAGCAGUAGUUAGAAAGAGCUCAAUUAUAGUAUUGCACCUUAAAGCUAAGACAUUUGUUCAACACAUACUACAAUCACACCUCCAACUAGAUAUCAUCAAGGGAAUGAGGUCUUACAAAUGUAAAAACAAUUUGCCAUCUCGUCACAAGCAGAUGGCCCCAUGUGACCACCAAGCAGGCUCCCUGGGUUGUGGUGUGAACAGUGUGGGUGAGAAGAAAAAGGAGGAGUGGUUAAAGAAAUCCCCCCCUCACUAAAUACAACGUGAGUGGCUUUGCUCUUUCCAGCGGAUUGCUUCUGUUUUGAGUGUUCCCUUAAAACGCAGACUUCAACAGCUAGUUGACUUUCCACUCUAGUUAUGGGUGUUACAGCUUUUUUGUAUCAUGACUCAGUGUGAUUCAAGUUCCUAGUAAGAAGGGACGAUCUGGAUGUGGACAGGUCUCAGCCUGCACAGCUUGCUUCUCUUUCAGCACGGGCUGUGGGAACAUCCCACCUGCACAGACAGGUUGAUCACUGAUGGCAGUUGGAAUACAUGUUACCGUGGGCCAUUCUGCUUUGCCUGUUUGUGAAGAGAAAUGCAUUUAAUUAUAUGAACCUCUCAAGAAUAGCAGACAAGGAGGACCAGACUUGAAAAACAAAUCAUAGAGAUUCUGAGAGUCGCUGCUCAGCCCCAAACAGACUUUCAGAGGAAGUCUUAUAAAUCUGUUUGAAGCAGCCACUGUGUGAUUAUGAGCUGGGCAGCCCAGGUCUAUUUAGGUUUAGGCUUGUAGGCUUGCUUCCUACUUUGACUCUGGUCGUAACGGACACAUGGAAAACACUGCAUGUUGCAGUCGUUGGCGCUUGCUCUGUCUGCAGAAGCCUAGCUUUGCUGACAACUGUUGGAGAAUGCUUAGUUUGCCUGUCUUGUGAUUUCUCCUGUCAGCUAAUAUCGUGGCUGUGGGAAGUUAACGACACUAGGUUUAUGACUCUGAAGAGCAGAGGACAGCAGGCAUUACGAGGGCUUAAAUUGGAAUUUGGGGACUACAGUAAGGACACCCUCAGGUACCAGGUCCAUAGCAGUCUGGGAUGAUAAGACUAGAUCCUAAAGUUCUUUCAGGGAGCUCUGUCAUGAGACUGAACACAGUACCCAUCAUAUGCCGCUUUGAUGAAUAAUUGUAGUUUCUGUUUCAAGUCACCUUGUGUGCCAGCUUCCACUGCACCUAUCUUGGGAAGCAGGGAUACCCUCUUCUUAAGAACUAGAACUGCCAUUCUUUUCAUCUUCAGCACAAGUAAGGUAUUUAAGUGAGCCAGAGGCAAAAAGAGCCAUUUUAGUCUUCAUAGUGAUCGGCUAAGAGAGAUAAUGAGCUGACUGUCUAUUUUAACCUUGAAGGUAAAAAUGUAUAUUAUAUUUUUUCACUAUAGGUACAUGUAACAGUAAAAAGUGUAACAGCAAAGUAUAUAUUUGAUGCUUUCUGUCUUUUCAUGAUAUUGUGCUAACAAGUUGUGCUAAUAUGUAACUCAGCCAGAGUCUCAUUCAUUUGCUAACCAUUGGGAACAUUCUAUGUAUUUACCUUAAACAUAAAUCUCUGAGAGUGUCCUAUAUUUGGAUUGUGAUUUGUAGACUCAUGCUAACUUUACUGCCUCUUUUUCACACUUGUUGAAAAAUCUGUGAAGAACAUAGUAAGUUAAGGAUUUCCAACUUGGAAAAUAUACAUGAUGUGAAACUGAGGUGCUAUGUUAAAAAUAAAUGUAUGAUAACUAA